CAUGUGUAGUGUGGCCCCGUAUAGACAACGGCAACAGUCCGGUGUACGCUAAAGGCGCGCUCAUCUCACUUGAAUAGCGGCCCAGCCCUAGCUAUUUGCAGAACAAUGCAGGCUUGAUGUGCGCACGCCGCUAUCGGUGCCGGGAAAGCGCGGAGGGAAAACGCGCGAACCGUUUGGUUGGCAGUCUUGGGCCGCGACCGCGACCGGCCGCGCGCCGAAGCACGCCAAGCGACGCUUGCGCCCUGGCGCUCGACGAGCGCCGCGUCCGCCGCGGCGUUACGUUUUCCGAAUCGACCGCGGAAGGCGACUCUGCCACCGUGACUGAAUUUCAGUGUCAAAAGGUGCGCGUCCGCGAGUUUUACAUCGCGAUGCAGCGUUGUCCUUACAUCCACGAGAUGAAGGAGCGACUGCUAGGCGCACCAGUCGAAGUCCCCGAUCAGAAAGAAAUACGUGAGGUUCCAAGGGACCGCGCCCCCGACCAUCAGGAGACCCAGGUCGGCACCAUCGUCAAACUGAAUUCAGACGGGUACGGAUCCCAUACCUCGCCGGCUCGCGCUCCCCUCGUCACUGACGAGUGCGAGGCGCCGGCGGAGGAGACCGAAGCCCUGACACCGACAGAUGCAGUACUCCAGUACCGAGCUUGCUGUCAACCUGACACUACCCCUAAAAAUGCCAAGACAUCUCUGUUCAUCAUUUCUAGUUUCAUCUACGCCAAGCUGCUGGUGGUAGUUUGCGUCGCUUACGUCAUCAGCGAUGUUAUCACACACAACCUGCCCCUCUACUACUAUGAAGGAUUCUUCACCUACCUUUAUGGCAUGAGUAUUCUGUUCUUGCUCUACGUGUUCUGCUUCCUACUUCAAGAGAGUGCAUGCUGCAGUGGAAGUCCACCUAAACAGAAACCACCACCAAAAGAAAAGAAGCCGAAGAAGGAAAAGGCAAAGAAAACCAAAGAUAAAGAACCUAAAGAGGACAAAGAGGUUAAAGACGGAAAAGAUGGAAAGAAAGACGGGAAGAAAGAUAAAAAAGAUAAGGAUAAAGACAAAGAGGGAAAGGACAAAAGUGGAAAGGAAUUAAAGAAGCAAAGCCAAUUUCAGGAGGUGUAUCCACGUAAGAUGCGCGAUAAAGUUCGUCAACAGCAAUUACAAUUGCAAAUGGCACAGUUGUAUGCGUCCGAACAGCAACAGCAAGACAUCGUUGAGUUGGAAGCUGGACCAGUGUCUAGACCAAUGCGCAGACGCAAAACUUCUCAGAACGAUCACAGCCACGGCAGCUUCUUUCUAAGAAUUGGAGCAAUUGCAUUUGGUCUCGGUACAAUGAUUUACAACGGUUUAGAAUUCGGAACUUUCUUCGAACUACCUUUAGAAUCUCCUUGCUAUCUCAUUUUGAAAGGAGUUAAUCCGGUGCUUCAAAUGGUUUUCACUUUUAUGCAGAUGUAUUUCAUCUUCAUGAAUUCUCGGCUGAACAUUCAUCGUUUUAAAGUUAUCGCUCGGUUUGGUUUAAUGCACGUAGUGGCUACCAAUAUAUGCGUUUGGAUAAGAACAUUGGUGUUAGAAUCUCUGAAGGAGAUUACCGAUUACCACGUGAAGAAUCCUUUGGGAGUUCCCGGCGAGGGUAUUCUUGGAAAAGUCAUCCGUAAGCACACCCUAAGGCAUUCCGGUAAAGUGUUCGGUGCUGCAACAACUGCCGUUACCGGUAUUGCUUCCACAGCUAUGACUACUGCUAAAGCCACUGGCGAGCAAUUACUAAACGUAAUCACGACUACUGCCACAGCACCCACAACCACAUCCACUACAAAUAACAAGACCACUGUAAUUUUUGAAUCAUUCGAUAACUUAAAUCCUGCAGCUUUGAUCGCAAAUAUCGACAAUACAACUGUUUGCGGAAGAAAUCCAAUUAUGGGAACAAUUGUGUCUGACUCGGCUCCUUAUCUGUAUCCAUUUAUCAUCGAAUAUUCCUUGAUUGGAGCUGCUGUCAUAUACGUCAUGUGGAAGCAUAUUGGUCGCUAUCCUAGCGUGGCCAACGAUGAAGAUCUGGAAAGACGUCUGGAGGCUGUUCUCUCCCGCAGGGCGGCGGCGUUGGCGGCUGCGCAACGAGGAAACAGAGUCGAUUGCGCUGGAGCAUCUAAAGGACUUUUCUGUGGACUACUGCUACUCGUCGCGUCAUUGAUCUGUUUGAUUCUAUUCUUCGUCCUCAUCCGCCAUCACGACUUAAAGCGCGUUUCGAUUUAUCUGGCUGAUGUAUCUCAUUGUGCUCUGAUGAUCUUAUCUAUUCUGGCAAUUUUAAUUGGAUUUAUUCGUGGCCGUGUAAUGCAAUGGAGCUAUAGUCCUUCCCCCUAUACCGAGCCUCUUCGCAGGGUUCAAUCUUUGAAGUUCCGCUCCGAAGAACAGUCUGAUCUGAAUGACAUCUUACUCCGCGUCUCGGCUUUUGGUCUCUUCGUGUACGCCGUGUUUAGUAUUAUAGCCGGUGGAAUGGGGGCUUUCACAGACGAACCUAACCUUUUGGUUAUGAUAACGGGAUGCUUGAGCGUACUCCAGGUGGUUCUCCAAUUGCUUUUCAUUGCUGACGUUUCUCGGCGCCGUGUACACCUCCCAGAACAAGAGCGCAGUAAGCCUGCACGACAGGCGGUCACUUUCUUGCUCAUUUGUAACGUCACAAUGUGGUUAAUCUAUACUUUCGAAGCACAGAAAGUGCUUGCUAAUCCGGUCCAGCUUGAUUUCUACGGAUUUGUGGCCUGGUCUCUGGUCCAACGUUUCACUCUACCGCUUUGUAUCUUCCACCGUUUCCACUCAGCCGUUACCCUCGCUGAAAUCUGGAAGACAAGCUACAAAGCUCGUCUUGAGUGAGCAUCCCUGUACAGAAGGGAUGUAGAAUGUCCUGUUCCACGCAUUUUGAAAAGUCUUAGAAUAAAAUAAGGCUAUUAUACUACCAGUGACGUCCUAUUGCGGGACAUCAGUUUUUCAACUUAUAAUAUUUCGGCUAGUUUGAAAAAUUCAUCUUAAAAUUUUCGGUGUUAAAGUAAGAACGUGUGACGAAUUUAGAUAUGUAAUUACUACAUCUUAUAAUGUAGAUUGAAUAACUUUUAUCCCGGAUAUUUUAUCGUAGCUUAAGCAGCGUUUACAUGUAAUCCUACUGUUGCGUUAUGUUGGUUAUUAAUUUCGUAAAUUUAUCGCAUAUUUCUAACACAUUCCAUACUUGAUCGGAUUCAUUACAAAUUAGUUUUCUUGUAAGACUGACUACGGAGACUUAAAUGUGACCAAUCAAACAUAUUUUCAGCUCAUUUUUUUGAUACGUAAAGAUCUUUGCUCAUUUUUCGGAUAUCUAUACUUGCGAGGUACCUCUUUGAGAUUCGUUUAAAAAUAUUUGUAAUAACAAAGUCCGAGUAAAUUUGUGAACCACUCCCUCCUUUGUUAGAAGUAAUUUGUGUGCCAUGAUUUUAGAAUUAAGGCUUGAUUGAAAUUUGACAAUAUUUUUUUCUAAAAUAACUUAAUCUGAACAAUUUGGUAUUUUCAAAUUAAAAAUAUACCUAAUGUGUGCAAAAAGGAAACAUUAAUUCAAUUAUUAUUAACGUAUGCCUUUAAUUUAAAUUGUUGAAAACGUUCAAAUAUAAUUUUAUCUUAAACUAAAUAAACUUUGUUUCGAAGUUAGCGUUAAAAUUGCUAUAUUGAAAUUUUAAAAAUAUUUAUUAGCCAACAUUUGGUAUAGACAUGUAGGAUUAUGAAAGUAACAUAUUAUGAAAAUUCAUAUUCGUAAGAGGGUAGUUGUUGUAUUGAGAAUUCGUUUUAAUCGAUGUACUUAACUUUAGUGGAACUAGUAUUGCUUCAGCUACAUAAAUGCUUGAUACAAAACGAACAGGUGAUUCAGUUUACAAUGUUUCAUUGCAAGGGGCCAUAAAUAAAUGAAGUUUUGAUUAUUCAAAAGCACUAACUAUAGCAUUGAUAAAUUAGAAUGUAGAUUUCGAAUAUUUAUAGAAAUAAAGAUUACGCUAUAAAUUUACUCGCGUGUUUUGAGAAAACAACAUUUGAAAAUUUAGAAUCUUUUUGAAAUUCGGUUACAUUAUCUAUUUGAUGAGUAUUUUCGUAUUGAUUUAGGUGCAAUCUAUUUUUAUAAAUUUACUUACUUUAUAAAAAAUAUAAAAAAAAUGAACUAAUGUGUCAACUUAGAUGCGUCUUGGACACGUGAUAUCAUUUACUACCUACUUUAUGGAUUUUGUAUAAAAUAGCUGAUAAUCAAUCAAUUAUUUAUAUAUAUUUAUUAAUUUUGUAAAUUUAAUAUAAGAGAUUAAAUUAACUUAUUGUUCUAGAAAUCUAGGGUAUGACUUAACAAAGAGUUUUCUUAAUAUCUGAGAUUCGAGUGAACGUGGUUUUCUUUCAAUUUUAACUUUUCUAGGUGUUAGGGGGUGAUUUAUGCGUAAAAGAAAGAACGAGACGUUUAAUUAAAAAUACACAAAGAAAAAAAAUCCAUUGAUGUAAUACACAACUAUACUGAUGCGUUUGAGUGCUACCUACUAGCUGAUUUCAAAUUAUUAGGGACAUCCGUUUAUCUGUCGUUCAAACAGAUAUAAUAUAGUAUCCUAUGUCAGUUGGACGCCAGGCUGAAUAAACACUGCCGAUAUUUUACAACAGCGAAGUUUAGUAGGGACUUUGAUAAAAUAAUCUAUUAUACCCAAUUUUUUAAAUGUUCAAUUUUGUAGAAGGUAAUAGUGUAUUAUGUACCUAUCUUGAUGUUUAGAGAAAAUAUAUGGAUGUCUGUUUAGUAGUAGUAGGUAAGUCUGCGUGGAUAUUCAAACCGAUGUUGCAACAUAGAGAUACCAAAAACUUGGGAAUUCUACAUUAUACAUAGAUUAAACAUUAAUUAAAAUACUAAUUAAGUAUUUAAGUAUCUAUUUGAAUAAAAUAAAUAUCUAUGUACGUAA